UGGUCAUUACGUCAAUUACGUCAUUAAUGUCAUUAUGGCGCGGCACUCGAAUUUCACAUCGCGCGGUUAAAAUAUAGUUAGAUGUAAUAUCGUUCAAUUGGUCUGGUAUGUGAUUGAUUCGACCUUGCGAAGGAGCGUCAGAAAUGGAUGAAUUGCCGGAGAGCAGUGCCAGCGGUAGUAAUGGCGGUGGCCAGCUGGAGCCCUUGGAUUACUUGCGCGGCGUGGAGUCGUCGACGUGCCUGCUACUGACGCCGAGUCCUACGCCGCUGGAUUUUAAGCAUCCCCUGUCCGAGGAAAUGAAUGAGGGGCCUUUUAUAACGCUCAAUGAUGAACCUAUUGUAAACCUGCAGAAUCUGGCCAACUGUGAUGCUUCGGGAGGUGACUCCUGCUCCUCAGGAGACUCGAACUCUGUAGUCCAAGACCCAGUCAGCGCACAGUUAAUCAACAACAUCAGCAUGAUGGAUUAUCAGACACUAAGCAAAAAUGCUGACCUGGUUACUGGAGAGUGCUUAUCAUUUCAGGUUGAGGAUUGCAAAACUAACGGAAGUCUCAACUUUGGCAACAGAAAAUUGCCAAAUUUUGUGAACUGGAAUUGGUGCAUUAUUCGUAAAGUAAUGCUUUGGGUGGUUCUCUCGGGCCUUGUGGCUUGCUUGGGUGCAAUUAUUGGUAUGGUGGUCUCCAUCCCCAAGGUGUGUGACCCUGAUCUUCCAUGGUACCAAGGAAAGGUGUUUUACGAAGUUUUCCCUGCUAGCUUUAAAGAUUCAAACAAUGAUGACAGAGGUGAUUUGAAGGGAGUUAUUAUGAAACUGGAUUACAUACAAAAUCUUAAUGUAGCUGCUAUAAGAUUAAAUUACAUAUAUCAGGCUAAUGGUUAUCCUGAGCACUAUUACAAUGUAACAUCUCUAAAAAAUAUUGACAGUAGCAUUGGAGACUUGGCAGAUUUUGAACACCUAGUAACUGAAGUACAUAAUAGAAAUAUGUCAAUCAUCCUCGACAUACCUGUGUGGUCACUGGCUUACCCUCAUUCUUUUUCAAGUCAUAAUGCUACUCAACUAAGAUAUUCAGAUCCCACAUCUGAUGCCAUUGACUUUUGGUCCAGAAAAUAUAAUGUUGAUGGAUUUUACUUGAAAAACUUAGAAAGAUAUGUCACUGACAAUGACUUAGGUCAUACACUAAAAUUAUGGAAGCAAAUUAUUGGUUUUGACAAGAUACUGAUAGCCAGUGAAGAGGCUUAUAAUAAAGCUAAAGGUGAUAAUUUAAAUGUCUUGUUGUCUAGAAUCGAUCUAAUCGAUGUGCACUUAGACCCCCAAAGUGGUAUAAAUGAGUUGAAAGAUAAAAUCAAAAGUGUUAUAAAUGGGCCCCUGUGGACUAAACCGCACUAUCCUUGGGUACUUUGGAACGUAGGUAAUAUUGAUAGUCCAAGAGUAGCCACUGAAAACAAUAAAAAUGCUUUAGCACUCGCAGUACUCGAAUUAAUCUUGCCUGGUACAGUAAGCAUUUUUUAUGGAGAUGAAAUUGGUCUUGGGGAUAUGCCACAUUAUGAGGCGGAAAAGGAUUACCAUGAGUACGAAAAUGUGCGUAAUUUGGUGCAGAUGAAAUUCUCGAAUAACGGAAAUGAAGAUAAUAAUAUUAUGCAAAAACACGUGCAAUGGAACCCUGAGUCGGGUAUACAACCGAAAUACGAUUUCUUACGUAUAAUAAAACAAUUAGUUAAAUUGAGAUUGAGGACGCCGACAAUUUAUUUAAGGUCCUUUUUCAAAGAUGGCAAUGUAUUGAAGAACAUGGAAAUUCGCAAUGUAACCGAUGAAGCUGAGCAAAACCUUUUCAUAAUCGAAAGAUGGUAUCCACGAAGGAAUACUUGCGUUUUUGUUGCCAAUCUUGGUAACAGCUCCAUUACCACUGACUUGACCACGAUGUACUACGGGGGCACCGUCAUAUCUGGCACCAACAGCUCAUUGAUAGGACAAGUUAUGUACUUUGACCGGGUAACGUUUCCACCGAAUUCUGCCAUUGUGUUGAAGCUUGAAAAGUAAGUUAGUUCUAGAUAUCUUCCGAGCGGAUUUCUAGGCAGCAGUAACAUGUAGACAUAUUAGGUAGUACCUAUUAUUAUGAUUUAUGAUUGUGAUUGAUAUUUAUAUCUGGUACUUAAUUAUAUUAUAUAUAGGUACUUUUAAACCAAAGUAUUUGGCAUGUAGUUAAAUUCCAUUGGAAUAAUGGUUGUAUGUACACUAUGUACUUAUACAUACCUAUGUUAAUGAAGGCAGUUAUAUUCUGUUUUUUAUUCGUUUAAAUAUGCCUCGGUAAAAUAUUAUUUUAUUUAAAGUAUCGAUCUGCGUUGCAAUAGAUCUGCUGAAGCGCGUUCUAGUUUAUUGAAUUUACUGGUGAGUGUUUUACAGGGUUUAAUAAUCAUACCAUUGAUCUGUGUUGUGUAGUUUAUGUUUGUUGGUUGUCUAAGUAUUUUAUGAGGUAUUAUUAUAUAGUAUUAUACAAAUAAAUUAUUCCUAAGCGUAUAGCAAUUGAAUGUACUUACUUCCAUUUAGGGGAUGCUCUCGGUACUGGAUUUAAUUUUAAAAAAUCAGUGCCGGAAGCAUUCCCUACUUCCGAUAUUAUUUGUGGCUUAUUAUUAUUAAGAAAUAAGACAUAGUUUUACACAUAGUUAUUUAUUUACAUUUGUACACAUGGUUUUAUGUACUCAUUACACUUGAUUAUAUAUACAUGUAAAGAUUGUCUAAACAAAAUAAAUAGCUGCAGAU